AUGUCUCAAGAUAACACACUUGCCAUGGAUUCCGUUCGAGGACAAGGCAGCAUCCAGAUGCUGCUAACAGCAGAACAGGAUGCUCAACACAUUGUUAACAGUGCUAGAACCGCGAAGACGGCGCGCUUGAGGCAAGCUAAAGACGAAGCUGAGAGGGAAGUGCAACUCUAUCGCACCAAUAUGGAGGCUGAGUAUCAAAAGAUGAUUUCAGAUACAAGUGGGAGCUCUGGCUCCAAUGUAAAAAGGCUUGAGGAGGAAACUGAUGCGAAGAUUAAAAACUUGAAGGAAUCAUCCUCAAAGGUCCGAUCGGAUAUCGUCAGCAUGCUCAUGAAGUAUGUCACAACUGUGAAAACUUGA